AAGACAAAAUGUCCGCUGUCUGCUCUCUGCUUCUGCUCUCUCUCAUGCUGCACAUCUCUGAAGAGCAGCGUUUUUUUGUGGUCAAACAUGGGGACAAUGUGACCCUGCAGUGUGGAAAUGCGUCUCUGACCCACUGCACUUGGAAUGUUGAGGACGACCACAACUCUGUUGUCCUCGCAUCAAAAGUCCGGACCAGGAGGUUAUCGAUCCGUCCUCCAGUUGUGGUGACCCAAGUAAUCAGACAUUUUGAAGAAUUUAAGUCCUGUGAGCUGCAGAUCCAGCACCUGACAAAAUGGGACGCCGGAGUGUACACCUGCACCCAGCUCAACCAAACACAAGUCAGCUCUGAGGUCAACCAAACAAAACUUAGCUCUGAGGUCAACCAAACACAACACUUCUUCCUGUCUGUGGUCACUUUUUCAGAUAAAGGUUUAAUGUCGUCCAAAACCCUGACCUGUGAUUUCACACCGUACGAUGGGCAAAAAAAUUGCGGACACCUGGUUAAAUGGCGGGUCCAGGGCUCGGAUCAUAACCAGCUCACGUUUGUGACUUCUCAGUGCUCGGCCAGGGUGUACCCUGUGAGUCCUUCAAGUCCGAAUCUGAGCUGUGAAGUGACAGACCUGAAUCGCAACCAGGUCUAUGUCUUUGCAGCAAACGGAGAUGCCCAGGGGAACCAGACUCAAGUCCAGACUGAGAACGAACCUGAAGAAUCACAGGGUAACCUCUUCGACUCUAAUGGUCCUGGAAGAAACCCUCACCCUGUUGUAACUGUGCUGAUGCUGCUGAUGCGUUCAGUGGAGCUACUGAUGGUUUCUGUCAUCACAGUGAUACUUUUUAGAGUGCACGCCUGCUACCGUUCUCUGAACUACCGCCAGGUGUCUAAGAGGACCAGACAAGUUGGGAAAAAUAAAAAUCUGAACACUAGGGUUGAGGAGUCCCUGGUCUGA